CCUCAACAUAGGGGAGUAUCUCGCAGCAGUUUGUAACACAGUCUACAGUUUUUCCAGCAGAAAAAUGGCUGACCAGCAGCAACUCCAACAGCAUCAAGGAGAUGAUUCUCUCUAUCCAAUUGCUGUAUUAAUAGACGAAUUACGAAACGAAGAUGUUCAGCUUCGAUUAAACAGUAUCAAAAAGUUGUCUACAAUAGCUUUAGCCCUUGGAGUGGAAAGAACAAGAAGUGAACUUAUUCCCUUCCUUACAGACACAAUCUAUGAUGAAGAUGAAGUAUUGCUAGCUCUAGCAGAACAGUUAGGCCAGUUCACUCCUCUUGUAGGUGGACCAGAGUAUGUCCACUGCCUCCUGGUGUAUAAAAGGCAACCGUUUAGGAAGGCAUUACGACGCUAA